CCUGAUUUGAGGAUAGCUAACGAUCCGCAGCGAACGCUUCCUCCCUCCGGCCCUCUUGCACUUCCAAUCUUCUAGUCUUCUGGGAAGAACAAGGAACAACAGAAAGAAUGCAGCGGCAACGGGAGAGGCAUAGUGAGACAGCGCAGCGAGGCUGGAUGGAGUCGUCGGCGUCGAUUGCGCGGCAGACAUGGGAGCUGGAGAACAACAUCGUGUCCACGGACGGCGGCGGCGGCGGCGGCCGGGAGGAUCCGGACGCGAUCUACUGGUACGACGAGGCGGCGCAGGCGCGGGCGCACCAGGAGAAGCCGUGGGAGGGCGACCCGCACUACUUCCGGCGGGUGCGGGUGUCGGCGCUGGCCCUGCUGAAGAUGGUGGCCCACGCGCGCUCCGGCGGCAACAUCGAGGUCAUGGGCCUCAUGCAGGGCAAGACCGACGGAGACGCCAUCGUCGUCAUGGACGCCUUCGCCCUCCCCGUCGAGGGCACUGAGACCCGCGUCAACGCCCAGGCCGACGCCUACGAGUACAUGGUCGACUACUCCCAGACCAACAAGCAGGCUGGAAGGUUGGAAAAUGUGGUUGGCUGGUACCACUCACACCCUGGUUAUGGAUGCUGGUUAUCGGGCAUUGAUGUGUCAACCCAAAUGCUUAAUCAACAAUUUCAAGAGCCUUUCUUGGCUGUUGUAAUUGACCCCACAAGAACAGUUUCAGCAGGAAAGGUGGAGAUCGGUGCAUUCAGGACAUACCCUCAGGGUUACAAACCACCAGAUGAGCCUGUUUCUGAGUACCAAACAAUACCGCUGAACAAGAUUGAAGAUUUUGGUGUUCAUUGCAAACAGUAUUAUGCAUUGGACAUAACUUACUUCAAGUCCUCCUUAGACUCCCACCUCUUGGAUCUACUAUGGAAUAAAUAUUGGGUGAAUACGCUUUCCUCGUCUCCACUUUUAGGCAACCGGGACUAUGUUGCUGGACAGAUUUCUGAUCUCGCUGAAAAGUUGGAGCAAGCAGAAAAUCAAAUGGCUCAUUCACGCUUGGGCACGUUUCUCAUGCCAUCACAACGGAAAAAGGAGAGAAGUAGAAUGAGGGAAUGAGGGCAACCUAUAUACAUUCAUGGCGAAGGGUUGCGACAUUGCUUUUGAAUGGGCUAUGUAGCUAACCACUUAAGUAUUAUAAUCACGCAGAAAUAUCUUCAACAACUACAUCAGAAUAGAGGGAAAAAAUAUGAAAGUUGUUUGCCAAGUAUUUUAUAUGAUUUUCUAAUAGAUUGCCAUGUACUAUUAGACUAGGUCACACCAAACUGAGAAAUGGGUGAAUUAGUUGUUAGGAAUAAGAAGGGUCUCCCAAUGGUUUGCCACAUUGUCAAGUCUUGUUCACACAUAGGAGAGGAGACAAAUAGGUAACAAAGUUGGGAAGAAAAGGAUGGAUGAUGGUACAAGGGCAGACCAUCAUAGUGCUUUGAGUCAUCUCAUCAUAGUUCUGUCAAGUACGUAGAUGGACGUUCCCCUCGGUCCCCUUGGGCUUUACAUGAAUGUAAAGAGGCUUAUUGUGUGUACAUCUAUAUAAAUAUAUAAAUAUAUGAAUUCCCAGUUUGAUCC